GCCCCAGUGGGUCUCAAAGCUCCACAUUACCCCAAAACAGAAUUUUUACCGGCUGAAGGAGGAGGUGACACUGAGCUGCUUUAAGAAAGACCCUCCUCCCCUUGCUGUGAUGAGAUGUGCAAAUGGGACUUCUCCAGGUUGGAAGCGUGCUUGGGAGGUGAAGGACAUUCAGGGAACAUGGCACAAGUUGACCGAGAAACUGACCUGCAGCACAGAAAAUUGCACAAAACCUGAGUGGGAUGAACAACUCGAGUUUCCAGAAAACAACAGUGAAUUCCCACAGAAUGAUCAUCUGCAACUGACCUGCCCUAAAGAUCUCAAGCCAUCCUUCUCCGAGGUCAAAUGUGCAAAGGAACUUCAGGAAGUGAAUUCUGGAAAACCAUCCUAUAGACAGGCCUGGUGGGGCAGGAGCAGCACAAGUGCCUGGAUGCGCAUUGAGGGGGGCGUACGGUGCCUUGGAAGGUGCCAAAGACCCCAGAAGGACUCCAGACUGCAGCUGACACCAGACCAGCAGAAUUACAUGGAGGAUGAGGAAGUGCUGCUGAGCUGUCCAGAGGGUUUGCAGCCAUUUUUCACCAAAAUCAAAUGCUGGAGUGAAGUCGAGUUCCCCUUUCAGAGGAAACCUGUGUCUUGGUGGGGAAAUAACACCAGAGGUGUCUGGACACACAUUCCCCCCUAUGUGAUGUGCAUUGAAACGUGCCAAAGGCCCCCUUGGGGCUUCAUAUUCCAGCUGGCACCAGACCGGGAGAGCUACAGGAAGAACGAAGAAGUGAUGCUGAGCUGCCCUGAAGGUUUCCAGCCAUCCUUCACCCAUGUCAAAUGUUCCAGUGAAGUCCAGUCCCUCAUUGAUGGGAAACCUGUCUACAGAGAGGUUUGGCUUGGAAGAGACACCAGAGGUGUCUGGAUCCACAUUCGCUCCAGCGUGGAGUGCCUCGAAGUGCUUCAGGUUGUCCCCGGCACCUUUGAGAUCUCCAGCACCAGCAUCAAACUGAACUGGACCUGCAGGUUCCCUGGUGCCUGCCAGGGCAUGCGGGCCAUGUGCCGCCUGGCAGGGCCUUCCUCCCCUCCCUGUGAGGCUGAGGAGGUGGAGGGAGAGGAGAUGUUACAUGGCCAGGAGGGAACAUUCUCCUGCUCCCAGUUGCAGCCCUUCACUGACUACAAUGUCACAAUUGUCUUACCCUCCAGCACAAUCAUAUACAGAGAAUGCAAAACGACAAAAGAAUCAGUGCCAGACAAACCAGAGAAGCUGUGGUUGGAUACCAGCAGAGGGUCCCUGAGGUGGAAGGAGCUGCCGUCCUGCAAAGGGGAGAUCAUUGGAUACCAGCUGAACAUCACGAGCACACGGGAUGGAGGCUUCCUGCAGAUGGAGCGGCUGCAGGUGAACGGCUCCGUCACCGAGCACCGGCUGCCGCAGCACGGCCCUGGCAGCAGCUACGUGGUGUCCAUUCAGGGACUGACGGCUGCCGGGGCCGGGGCUGCGUCGCUCUGGGAGUUUCAGAGCACAGACAACCAGCACCCUCUGGGCAUCAGCUGCCGCAGCGUCCGUGACAUCUCCCCAUCCCAAGGGACGGCCGUGCUUCCCCUGCAACCCAUCACCUCGGAGGGGGCCAGGGAGCACCAGCUGGUCGUGGCCACCACACACAACAGCUCAGGGAUUGAAAGCGCCUGCUUGGGGCAGCCACAGCCCUUCAGUGCCAGCCAGCAGCCCUUCAACACCACCCAGCAGCCCUUCAACACCAGCCAGCAGCCCAGAACCUACGUGGCCGCUGUGCUCAACCUCACCGCCCCCAUGGACUUCGUUUUGGGCAACGGCACCUGGGGGCAGGGCUACCACAACGCUGCCCUGCGCCCCGGCUGGGACUACACGGCCCUUCUGCGCCUCAUCCGCCGCUCACCACAGUCAGAGAAGUUCACCUGUGUCUGCUACAGCUUCUCUGUUGGGCAGGAGCCGGUGUCUCUGCUGGACAGGAUGCCCUUGGUUCUGACAGUAGUGCUGGUUACUGCACUCCUGGCACUGGGAAUCUUACUGUUCUUCAUCCUCUUCAGGCUAAAGUACAACAGUUCAAAAACCUCAGAGAACAACAGCACUAUCCCGCUGAGAAGAUGUCGAGGAGGUGCCUGCAAGCUGAACACACAGAUCCCAGUGGAGGAACUGCUGGAGGCUCUGAAGAGGUUUAAGAGGGAAGAAAUAGAGGCAGAGCAGACAGAUGAUGAAUCAGUUGACAGGCGUGGUGUCGGGCAUCUUAGAGAAUAUCAGCAACUGUCCUCCGCUUUGUUGCACCCCUGCAAUGCUGGGAAGGAGCUAUGUAAUCAGAGCAAGAACCGCUACAAGAGCAUCAUCCCAUAUGAUCACUGCCGUGUGGUACUGCAGCCCUCUGGUACAGGGAAUGACUACAUCAAUGCCAGCUAUGUGGAUAGCUACGGAACUCCACACUUCUUCAUUGCAGCUCAAGGCCCCUUGGCUGAGACAGUGGUGGAUUUCUGGCAGAUGGUCUGGCAGGAGAAGACCUCGGUCAUUGUGAUGCUGACGGGCUUAGUGGAGCAAAACAAGAUCAAGUGUGAGAAGUACUGGCCAGAGCAGGAGGAGGUCCACGGGGACUUUACUGUGACACUCAACAACACCAGGGCCACCACAGGCCUUGUCACACGCACAUUCAGCCUGCAGAAGGCAGGCUGUGCUCUCCCAAGAGUGGUGGAGCAGUUUCACUACCUGCUGUGGCCAGACCACGGAGUCCCCAGAAACACCUCCCAGCUCCUGUGCUUAGUGGCAGUGGUGAACAAGAGGGUGCUGGAAGCACCUGCUGGACCCGUGUUGGUGCACUGCAGUGCAGGGAUCGGGCGCACAGGUACCUUCAUCGCCCUGGACUUCCUUUUGAAGAUGGGGAAGGCUGAGGGGAAGGUGGAUGUGUUUCGCUGCGUGCAGCAGCUGCGGGAGCAGCGAGUCAGCAUGGUGCAGACCAAGGAGCAGUACACCUUCCUGUACGAAGCGCUGCUCGAAGGGUUGCUCUGCGGCAACACUGGGGUCCCUGUGGAGAGCAUCGCCACCCUUGUCCACUCCCUUCGAGAAGCUCAGACUUCAAGGCCGAACAGUGUCCUUGACAAGGAGUUCAAGGCCUUGCAGAAGUUUUCUGAGUUGUUCCAGCUCCUGCCAUGCAGAGAAGCAGAGAAACCCAGCAACCAGCCCAAGAACCGCAAGCCAGGGAUCCUGCCAGCGGAUUCCUGCCGGCCCAUCCUGAUGUCUUCGCUGAACGCAGACGGCUCCCCAGGUUACAUCAACGCCGUGUUUGCCAGUACAUACACCGAGGAGGAUAGAAUCAUCAUCACCCAGCUGCCUUUCCCCACCACGCUGGUGGAUUUCUGGGCUCUGGUCUGGGAUUACACCUGCACAUCAGUGGUUGUGCUGAAUCAACUCCAGGAGCUGGACAAGACAUACGUGGAGUUCUGGCCCACCCAGGGCGAAGAUGACUAUGGCCGUUUCCAUGUCCAGCUAAUCUCAGAGGAGCCUGGAGCUGGCUUCACAGCCUGGACACUUGCCCUCACCAACAGGCAGCAGCCCAAGAAGUCAGCACUGGAAGUCCAGUUAUGGCAACUGAAGGACUGGCCCAUGCAGGAGCGUCUUCCCCUGCACCCUGCCACCAUCAUCAGCUUGCUGGGGAAGGUGGAAACACACCAUCGGCAGAGCCAAGGUGGACAUAUCCUUGUCACCUGCUGGGAUGGAGCCAGCCGGAGCGGGAUCUUCUGUGCUGCUAGUUUCCUGUGUGAGCAGAUCCAAAGCGAGGGGAUGGUGGAUGUAUCACAGGCCGUGAGGACACUGAAGAGGCGGCGGAGACAGCUCAUCAAAGAUGUGGAGCAGUAUGGGCUCUGCUAUGAACUAGCCCUCAGUUACUUGAAUUCAUUUGAAACCUAUGGGAAUUUCAAGUAGAGGCGUGACCACAGUCCAUCUCUGGACAGGACUUUGACUCUCUUGGCAGACCUUCAUCAGCAACAAUGAAAACAAGAGGAAACAAAAGGGAUGUGCACAGCCCCAAGAUGAUUUACUACCCUGAAAAGCCACAGCAAGGGUCCUCUGUGGCUGGAGAGCACAGGCUGGACUGUCUCCAAAAUGUGGUCAGGCUUUGAAGUAGGAAGCUGACCCUUUGCCCAGCAUUUGUGCAGUAUCUUAUCUGGAAUCACAGCCUGAGUAUGCACGCCAGAGCACAGGCACCAGGACUUGACAUACUCUUCCUUGCUAGGGAUGAAGAGAACAGGUGUCCCAUCCAGGCUCCCUUGUCCCUUCAGGCAGCCCCAGGGGAGGUGGGGUAGUACCAACACCUGUGUUUUGUCAGGGAAGCACCAAACUACUGUAAGAUCUGUGGUGCUCAGGAGCACAAGCUAUCUGUCCUACUUUGGGAGAAGCAUGAAGUCCAAGGCCAACAAGAGCCAAGGGUGGGGCAAGCCAUGGUCCUGUAGGGCUAAACUGGUCCUUCCAACCCACACAAUCUCUUUCUGGAAAUCCAUUUUCCAGGUACUGAUCCAAGUGCCACAGCCCUGCCAGCUCCAGAGAGGCUCCUUCAUCAGCCUAUCAGACUCCACUAUGACAAUCCCAGGUUAUAGUGGCUUAACUUGGAUAUCCUGGAUGUGAUUCCAGCAGGGGCUGCUGCUGCAUCAUGGAGACUGGUUCUGCCUUUGCUGUGUAAGGGCAAGAGACCUCAGAGCCAGGACUGACCCUAGGUCCUGACUGGCUGUGGCUCUCUGUCCUGUGUCUCACCAGUAAAGACCCUGUAACAGCCACGGUGGUGGUAACCUCUGGUCUUCACUUUUCUUCCAGGUUUGACCCAGCACAGGGCCCUCAAAGAAACUGAGACCAUACAGGUCCCUCAGC